UUAUUUCCUGGUUUUGUGUUGUGUAUGUGUGUGGCAGAGAUUCCUCAGUGCCCCCUCCUUUGUGUGUUUCGUUUCAGACAAGCGAUUUUUACAGUUCUUUGUGUCUUUUGUAACGAUGAAUCGUCUUUUUGGUCUGGGUAAACCUAAAGGACCGCCGCCAAACCUUACAGACUGCAUAGGAAAUGUGGAUUCGCGGGCGGAGUCCAUCGAUAAGAAAAUCUCGAGGCUGGACGCCGAGCUCUUCAAAUACAAGGAACAGAUGAAGAAGAUGCGAGACGGUCCUUCAAAGAACAUGGUAAAGCAGAAAGCCUUGAGGGUCCUGAAGCAGAAGAGGAUGUAUGAAGGCCAGAGGGACAACCUGACCCAGCAGUCAUUUAACAUGGAGCAGGCGAACUACACCAUUCAGACACUAAAGGACACAAAGACGACAGUGGAUGCCAUGAAAAUCGGAGCCAAGGAAAUGAAGAAAGCUUAUAAGAAAGUGAAAAUCGAUCAGAUUGAGGACCUGCAGGACCAGCUGGAGGACAUGAUGGAGGACGCCAACGAGGUGCAGGAGGCACUGAGCCGUAGCUACGGGACGCCGGAGAUCGACGAGGACGACCUGGCAGCCGAGCUGGAUGCACUGGGAGAUGAUCUGCUGAUGGAUGAAGACAGCUCAUACCUGGAUGAAGCCUCAUCUGCACCUGACAUUCCAGAGGGAAUACCCAGCAAGGAAAGGACCAACAAGGACGGUGUUCUUGUGGAUGAGUUCGGCCUGCCUCAGAUUCCUGCUACAUAGAAGCCAAUCGGGGACUUCAGAAUGCUUUAUAUGUAAAGUAACUUUUAUAUAUCGCCAUAGAAGCAGGGUGACCUAUAAGCACAACCUCAUAGUAGGCACUGACUGUCUUGUUGGAUUCUGUGUCGGUUUUUUUUUUUAUUAUUAAUCUUUUUGUACCGCCAUGCCGGUUUGUGGUGUAUUUUCUGGCCUGUUUAUUACAUUUUGGGAUACUAACACUUGAACUGACAUGUAUCAUGGGCUUUUUUUCAGUGCUAUUCUGAAUUGCAAUCUUGUGUCAUUAUCUACAUGUUGAAACGUCUGGCAUUUGGCCACUUUUAUUCUGUAUAAUACAAGGGCUACUGCAAAAAAAAAAUAAACUAUACAUUUUAAAUUCUG